AUGGUGCAAAUCGAUUGGGUUCGCAUAAGGGCUGUCAAAGCCUCGUCAUUGACAGACGACGAGAUCGAGGAUUUAUUUCCAAUGGUAAUAAAGUGCGAUACCGAGGAGGUAGAUGAUAUCCUCGACUUGCGUGCUGUCAUGAAAUUAUCGCAGGAGAUAUUGCAGUACAAGGAUAAUCAGGUGGAAUCAUUAUUGUUAGAGUGCGACGAGCUCAAAGAGAAGCUGGCCACUGCAUCGACAUCAUCGAAGAGCGUUCGGAGGCCUCAGGAGGCUGACGCCAUUGAGGAAGCCAACAGUGACCAGAAAGCGCAGGAUUCAUCGUUAGCCGAAUACUACGAAGAGACGCUGCACGCUAAGAACGAUAAGCUAAAGACUCUGCUAUUGGAACUAGAAGGAAUCGAAAAAGAGAACAUUGACUUGAAGCAAAAAUUAGAAACGCUGAAAGAAGAGAUGGAGGACGCCACUGAGAGCAUGAAUGAGAUGACGGAUGAGCUGGACGAUUUGCGAAGUCAAAACGUCGCGUACAAGGAUGAAGUGAAGCGUUUGAAGCAGGAGAAGAAGGCUCUGCUGACUCAGAUCGAAGAAAUAACGUCGCAACAGGUGGACAGAGACAAAAUAAUCGACGAGUUUGGGGCGGCGAUUGACAUUCGCGUGUCGGAGUGGAAAGACAUUUUGGAUAAUAAAGACGCGAUAAUUACGCAGCUGAAGGAGCAAGUGUCGCAUUCGCGUAGCUCAGCGGGAGGGAGGGAGCACCAGACGUCUCAGAUUGUCUAUCUGAAUGAGGAAAUUGAGAAAAGGGACACUGUCAUCUCGGAGCUGGAGGCGAAGCUGCUGGAGGCGGCGAGGGAGUUGAACGAGAGUGCGGCUGUCAUGGAGGAAUUAAAGAGGAGUAAUAAGAAACUGGAGAAGAGCGGGAAGCGCAAGGAGCACAGGGAUUUGCUGAGGAAGGCGCAGGAGGCGCACGAGAAGAUCUCGAUGCUCCAGGAAGCGCUGAGAGGGGCUGAGGAGAAUUUAAUGCAGAAGAGCGAACAGCUGUGUGAAUUGUUGGAUACGCUGAGAAGAUACGAGGACAAGGAUCGUGGGCUCACCGAAGCUCUGGAGGAGAUUAGGGACCUCAAGAGGCAGUUGGAGGCGAAGAAUCAACACAUCCAGGAUCUCGUCACUGUGAUUAAUAAAUUGGAGAACUUGAGUUCUCAUCAGGAGAUGCAAAUUGCGGCCAUGAGACAAAAAUUGGGACUCCCUGAUGACGAAGAGAUAUCGAUUGAGGGUGUUACAUUGAGACAUCAGCAGGAAGUUGAAAUUAAGAAUCAAUUGGUGCAAAAGAAUUCGGCACUCGAGCAGGAAAAUGUGGACCUCAAGGCGGACAUACGGACUCUGAAGUACAGACUGAAUAAAUUAGGAGAGAAGAUUAUCAUGUCGCGUGAUGCGUCCGACUCUCGGAGAAAAUCGUUACGCUCUGAUCCGUCGACUAAUGUCAAUUGGGUGGCGGAACAGGAGAUCGUAACUCUGAAGCAUAAGGCGGAAAUGGAUGGGCUCCAGGAGAAUAUUCGAAUGGUAGUGGAGGAGAAUGAGGCUCUGAGGAAAGGACUCCACGAGAUUCUGGAUAGCAUUCAUGAUCAAGAUGGGAAAGGAACCGUUGAUGUUCAAUCUGACACUCUUGAACGCCUCCUCGAGGCGCUGGAUGUGAGGCAUCUGGCUGGGUGGUACCACCCAGCUAUGCGACUCCAAGAACGUUUGAAUGUCGUUCAGGGAAGCAAUGCUGAAUUGAGAACUCAGAUAAAACACCUGAGAAAAGAAACUCAAAAAAAGGACGAAUUACUUCGGAGAAUAGCCACGAGGAGGGAAACCAAAUCCGACAAAUCCUCCUCCGAAGUAUCUGAAUCGGAUAACGAAGACGUGAAGACAAUAAUGUCAGACAUGCAGCGACUGCAGUCGGCCUAUCGCGAAGAGCUCGAGCACUGGGAGCAGGAGCGAGAAUCCCUCCGAAAAGAGAACGCCGAGCUCAAGGAAGCCAACGAAAAAAUGACAGCACAGUUGGAGAUAUUUGAGGCAGAUUUGAAGGCAAUUGAAUCUGGGGACGAGGAGAUCCAGAAAGCUUUCGUUGCGAGGACCAGAGAAUCUUCUCAAUCUGCAGUGAAUCUGAUCAUCAUCAGCAGGAAGUGUUCUGCAGCGGAAUCUCUCCUCAGUAAAGAGUCUGCGAAGCUGUUUCAGGUGAAGAAAGAAGCUGUCGCAGCUGAAAGCACUUACAGGAAAAUCGUUGCCGACGUGGACAAGCGUUCCAAAUUACUGGAGAACAAGAUCAAGACUUUGGAGAGUAAUCUUUCGAAUUCUGUCAGUAAGGCAGAGUACAACGAUCUCAAGGAGAAGUAUGACGAAGUUAAUAUGCGUUUGAGAACAUCGUAUGAACUUCAAUUGGGUGGGAACACUGACGAAGAUUCCAAGGAGUCGACUGAUCGGUCAGACUCAGCCAUUCACUCCCCCGGAUCUAAACCGAAAGAAGAUAACAUCAGGAAUCUCCUGACGAUCAAUUCUGAACUGAGGGAUCAACUUAUCCACGUCCAGAACUCUUUAUCCCAGUAUUUGCAAGCUCCACCUGCCAAAGACGAAGAGAAUAAAAUCACGGAACUCCAGGGGGAAAUUGGAGUUCUGAAAAUCGAGAAUGAGAAUUUGUUGAGGACCCUAGCCAUCUCUCGCGAAGAAGCCCAGAUGCAUUACACAGUAAAUUCUCUGAAAACUCUAGAGCUAGAUAAUUUGAGACAUCAGAUACUGGAUCUCCAGGCGAUAUCCGAGGACAAAGAGACAAUCGCUCGAUUGGGUUUUGAGCUGAACAACUCCAAAGCCAUGGAAAUCGAAAUGAGCAAACGAAAAGCCCAACUAGAGUCAGAAAUUUCUCAACUGCGGAGUGAUCUGGAGGUCGCAAUAGGCAAACGAGACGAGGCUAAGGCCAGACUUGAGGAGUUUCGUCGUCACUGCAGCAGCAAGUGCAAAGUGUACAACGAAAUCAUCAAUUUUCUGCAGACCCAGUACUCCGGUAGCACCUCAAUAACAUCGUUACACAGAUACGAAGAUAUGCUGCAGAAGUUGAAUAAAAUUCGCGAAGAAAUAUCGACAAAGUUCAAGGAAGCUAAGGACCAAAAUGAUGCUGUGAAAAUUCAUCAAGAAGCCCUGACCAAGCGCCUGGCCCUCGUCGAUCAACUGAAAGACAUCUUGGAGCAGCAAAUCGGCACCCCCGAAUUGCAAUCUGUAAUGCGCAAUUUCUCUGAGCACUCGCAAAGUACUUUGAACGAGUACCGAUACAAGAGACAAAUAGCACAGCUAGAGACCGAACUCCAAAUGACAAUCUCAAAACUAGUUGAGUACGAAUCAACGAUCAGCGAAAUGGAGUACGAAAUAGUCAACAUGCAGAAGGUAUGGAAGCCAAAGUCCGAGGCUGCAGUCGAGAGUGUCUCUCCAGUCCACAUUGCAGGGCCUCCGGCUGUCGAGAAGAAGUCAGUGUUCACAGAGGCAAGAGUGGAGAGUAAUUCCGUGGAAACUCAGAGCGAUCCGCUUGCCGAGCCCCAGGGAAUCCCCCAGAUUCCUAGAGCCCCAGAAGUGCAAACGAUCGAGAGAAUCAUCUCGAGCCGACGAGAGAGCGCUGAUGCCACCGACAACAGGGUCUCAUUCCUCCAGGACCAGUUGAAGCAGGCAUUAACACUAGCCUCGGAUCGUUCGGCAAAGCUCAUCGAGUAUGAAUCCCAGAUCACGGAAUACAAAGCUAAAUUAGGAGCUCUAGACAAAGCACUGAUCGACAAAGACUCGGAGAUAGUUGAGAAGAACAAACUGAUAAAUCAGAAGUCCUCUGACAGCGGAGACGUCGAGGAAGCCAGCAAAGUAGCUCUGAAAUCCACGAUCAACAGUCUGCAGCAGAUAAUAACUCAAAAGGACGAGACCAUCACGAGGUACCAGACUCUCCUGAAAGAGGACAGAGACGAGCACAGUAAGGCCGCCGCUCGUCUCCAGGAGGAGAUAAAGGACCUCCGGACGGAAAUAUCAUAUUUGAAAGACGAGGGCGAGAAGAAAAGGGAGAAAAGCAUCCACGAGGUGCCCGAGCGUGACAGUUACCGUCCGAAAAUCCCUGAAGAAGCCAAAAAAGAGUCUCAACCUGACGUCGAAGUUGAAGAGAAGAUUGCGAGGCUGGAGGAGCAGGUGUCGACGCUCGAGGCAGACCUUCACAUUGUGAGAGAGUUGAGCGAUCGUUGGAGACGACUCGCUGAGGAGAGACUCCAGCACAUGGACGACGUCAGAGAGAGGCUGGAGGCUCAACAUAAGAACGAGUUGGAGAGUUACCGAGCGGAAUUGGACAAGUGGCAGAGCGAAACGAGCGCUCUGAGACAACAGUUGUCUGAGAAUCGCAUGAAACUAGCGAAGGGGAAUAUCUCGUUGUCGAAGGAACUGCAGGAGCGCGACGGGAAGAUAGAAGAGCUGACGGUGGCGUAUCAGCAGCUCCAGAAUGAUUUCGAUGUGAUGGAGCAGAUGAAUCAGUCGCAGCCGAUGAGCGUUCACAGUUCUGCGGCGAAUAAAAUUCAAGAGGGAUUGCAAGGGCGGGAGGCGUCCAAUCAUCUGCAGACGGAGUUGGAGCAUCUUCGACGGCAGCACAAGUCUGUCAUGGAAAAGGAGAGACUUUACAGGGAUCAGAUUGUGGAUUUGAAGCAGCAGCUGAGCAGGAGGUACAUGGCGGAGAAGAGUGAGGAGCGAAGGGCGUCUCAACGAGAAUUGCAGCUGGAGAGGAAAUUAAAGAGCAUGGAGGAGGAGCUUAACAAAGCCAGGCUUCAACUGGAUCAUGAGUACAGGGCGCAGGAGGCGAAGCGCGUGAAAACGGCUGAGGAAUUGUCCCUCUGGGAGAAGCAGAAGAAGUGGCAGCAGACGGCGGAGAGGCUGAAGAAGGAGUUGAAGGAGAAAUCUGAGGAGUACAGAAAAUUGACUUCAAGUUAUGAUAAGUUGAGGGCUGUUGUGUCCUGCAUGGAGCGUGAAAAAUGGUACCUGAGGAGCAAAUUGAGGUCCGAGAGUGGAAACGGCGGAUUCUCCGUCCGGUCGGAUUUCAAUUUUAAAGUUGUUGAAGAUCUACAAAUUGAGUGCCAAACAUUGAGGGAUAGAAUUAAUGAGUUGACGAAUCGAUUGGAGUCCGAGGACACUCAUGAACUGCUGCUUCAAGUGGAGAAGCAGAAGCGAAGGAUUGCAGCUUUAGAAGUUGUUGCUGAGGGGAAUUCUCACACCGUUGAUCAAUUAGAAAAAUUAGAAACUGCAAAAGCAACGCUGGAGAAGGCGAAUAUCCGAUUGGAGAGCGAAAACUUUGAACUCCGGAUGGGCCUCGAGAAGCUGCACGUCGACACUCCGCGUCUCCGCGAAAAAGUGGAGCAUCUUGAGAAAUAUGUGGAACUGCUGAAGGUGGAAAAAUCGUCGGACUCGUCGGACCGAUCCUCCGAGAAGGAGCAGGAGCACGCUUCUAAGAAAUCCGUCCUGGAGUUGGAGAAAACGAUUUUCGUUCUCAAGCGAAUCGUCGAGAAGCUGCAGGCUGAGAACAAGAGGUUGAGGGCCAACUCCAAGAAUCAUCAUCGCUUAACGAAAUUUAAUUCAUCGUCAGCAACGAAAGUUGGUGUCGGCGAAAACAAUUCCACGCUGAAACGUCAGUAUGAACAGGCGAAGAAACGCGUAGUUGCUCUUGAGACUGACUUGCAAUUGGCAGAACAGAGGAUUUUGAUGCUGGAGAAGGCACGAAGUGACGAGGAAAAUUGUGGGGAAAUUGGCAUUCUCAAACAUCAACUCGCCCAUAAAUCGGAAUUGUUGGAUAAGGUCAAGCAGUUGUUGACUCGAGCCGCUGUUAACGAGAAAGCUCUCCGUCAAAAGAUUCAUCAGAUCGAAAUGAAGCAAACACUCGCUACAAUACCAGAAUGUCAGUCUUCACCGUCACGAAGCACUUGA